AUGCCUGCAUACCAAGGCGAUGACUUGGUUGGUGAUAUUCAAGUACUGCAUCGAGUAUUUUGGAGUUAUUACCCCUGUAUUAGGGCAUUCAGACAUUGUAAGCCAAUUGUCCUGGUGCAUGAGACUCACUUGUACGGAAAGUAUAAGGGUUGUCUACUAGUGGCAGUUUCACAGGAUGGCAACAACAAUAUCGUCCCAAUCGUGUUUGCUAUUGUGGAAGGAGAGACUUCUGAUGCAUGGCACUUCUUCCUUAGUAACCUUCGUCAACAUGUUGUCACUCGGGAUGGUGUGGGUCUAAUAUCCGACCGACACAAAUCCAUCAAUGCAGCUGUGGAACACAGUAACGGAGCUUGGUCACCUCCUAGAGCUUUUCAUAUGUUCUGCAUCAGGCAUAUAGAGUCGAAUUUUCUGCGAAAAUUCAAGGCACCGUACCUCCAAAAAUUGGUCGUCAACAUUGGAUAUUCAAGGACGGUGUGGGAGUACGAAGUGCGUUACCAGCGAUUACGGGAAUGGGGGGAAGCGUAUACAAACUGGUUAAACCGAAUUCCUCGCGAAUAAUAUGCAUUGGCAUUUGAUGGUGGAUACCAAUGGGGUCACAUGACAACGAAUCUAGUGAAAUGCAUCAAUUCAGUGUUGAAUGGUGCACGCAAUCUUUCCAUUACUGCUCUUGUCAAGGCAACAUUCUACAG